AUGCAUAUCGGGUAUUAUAUGGACGUCCUUCAACGCCGUCAACAGCAAGGGCCCGACGGCGUUAACAUCCUACACCAUCAAAGCCCGGACGGCGCACCAGUCCGACGCGUCAUCAAUAGUACGCUGUUCGUUGAUGAUGCGCUAGACAAUGCCACCUCUGGCCUGCACUACCCCACAGUCGACCUCAAUGACGGCCUCGGCCUACCCCAACCGGUCACUAUGGAACCACCGAUUGAAGGGUUCAAGCACCUCGGUAUACAACAAGGCUUUGGUGGUACGUGGGACAUCACAAUCAGCGCCACCUGGACGAAACUAAAGCAGGACGUUCACCGCGCAGCCGCUUGCCAACUUACACUACGCCAAUUUCAAUACCUCGUCAACACGACGCUCAGUCCGGCCAUCCACGUCGCAUCGGCCUUCGAUACUCUCAUACGACGGGCAGCACGGCGCAACUUCCGGCUCCCCUAUUGCACACCACGGGCGUUCUACUACGACACGGUCCAUGGGCUUGGUCUCCGAGCAUGUGAAACCCACAGUGAGGUGGCGCGAAUACACGUGGUACUCCACAUCUGCAACACGCCUGGUAGUCUGGUCUAUGAUGUCAUGAUGGAGGCACUCGAAGACUGGGCUAAACGUCACGGACUUACAACGCACCCACUGGCACAACCUGCAAAGAUGAAACCGGCCGACACGUCGUUCCUUGGUACAACGCUCGGUCUCCUUGAGAAACACGCGGCCACCUGCGAUGUAGUGGCGCGCUGCACUUCACCCACGUGGCAGGCGCCGAAGCGUUACAAUGACCGGCCCAUCCUCCCACUGCUGGACGGACAACAGGUCGGUGCACUCAUGGUCAUUAAUCGACGCUUCCCAUGGCAACUCCGGCACGUCGGUGACGUCUGCAACAUCGAUGGGACAUAUGUAUUAGACGACGACACAUUAGCGGUCCGCACGGGGUGGCCCGGGACGGCACUCCUCACUCUGCGACGCGCCCUUCAGGCAAUCCCUAUACUACCGGGACCCCGCCGGCUCCGGCUGCCUGUAGGGCGCUCGCCACGUCCGGCCACAACUAUGGGCAACUACGUCGAUACACCACUUUAUGGCCUCGUGCUCCGGGCGGUGCUGCUAACCCGGCCGGACGAACUCAGCUAUGUCAUCGGUCAACGGACGUCUUUGGCCACCCGCACCGAUGCCUCCGGUAUCCAGCUUACGAUCACCAACUGA